AUGUCACAAAGCGCCGGGUGCGAGUUUGAAAUCGACGUGGAGAGCCUGGAGACGGAAGCCGACGACGAGGCCGCGGCCGCCGGCAGCGAGGACGAGGGAGACCGCGGCAAGGCCGACGACGGCAAGUCGGGAGGGCCAAGCAGUGGCAGUGGCGGUGGAGGCGGCAGCGGCGCGUGCCCGGGCGGCGAACACAGGAAGCUGAGCCGGACGCCGAAGUGUGCGCGCUGCCGGAACCACGGCGUGGUCUCGUGCCUGAAGGGCCACAAGCGCUUCUGCCGAUGGAGGGACUGCCAGUGCGCCAACUGCCUGCUGGUGGUGGAGCGGCAGCGCGUCAUGGCGGCGCAGGUGGCGCUGAGGAGGCAGCAAGCCACCGAGGACAAGAAAGGAAUAUCUGGGAAAAGCCUCUCGGCGGAGAGGAGGACGAUAUAUCAGCGGCACAUCCGGCCGUCCACCAUGCUCGCCAAGAGCAUCCUGGAAGGGUACCGUCCGGUGCAGACGGAUCCAUUCCUGGCGGCCCACGCGUCGCUCCCGCCGCCGCUCAGCGACCGCAUGAGGAAGAGGAGGGCCUUCGCCGACAAGGAGCUGGAGUCCAUCAUGCUGGAGCGCGAGUACAAGGAGCGCGAUCUGCUGGAGAACGCCGGCCAGGCGCUCGUCUUCGCCAACCCAAUGGCUCACCACCACGCCGCCGCCGAGUACAACUACAAGACGUCCUACUCGGCGGCGCCUGCCGACCCGCCGCUGAAGGAGCUGUGCGGCUACCUCGGCCCCAACUGUCUGGACCUGGCCGCGCCGUACCCGGCCGGCUCGGCCAACGUGGAGCUCAUCUCGUCCAACGUCAGCGUGGCCACCACUUACCGCCACUACCCGCUGCAGCCGGCACGCGGCAGCGUUGGCGUUGGCGGUGGUUUCGUGAUGUGGCCCCGCGGCGCCGCCAACUUGGGCGACGCCCUGCUCUACCAGCAGUGCCUGUUCAACGCCACGGCGGUGCAGAGCGUGAAGCCGGGCGCGGUGGCGUGGGAGGUCAAAGCGGCGGAGUCGGAGGCCGCCGCCGCCAAACCUGGAGGAGCCCGAGCGGCGGCGGCAAUGCCGGACUCGCCGGACCCCAAACAUCCCGGCGGCGCCCAGGGGGGUCAGCGGGAGCGCUCGGCCUUUUCACCGCCCAAGAGGAGCUUCGGACAAUCCUUCCCCGGCAACGCACUUUGCCAAAACUCCAAACUGAGCAAGGACACGGCCAAGCUGUCCGUGAAACUCAACUCCUUCCACUCGCUCAUCCAGCACUCGCUCGGCGAGAAAAAUGACGGCGGCGUUGCCGUUGGCGGCGUGGAGCUCAGGACGCCGUACUGCAAGGAGCUCCUGGAGGAGGCCGCCCGGAAGUUCCGGGAGGGCUCCGGCGCGGACAUUCACGCCGUGAAAAUGGCCGACAGGUACGCCAAAGACUUUCUGUUCAAGCCGGCGGCGGGGACCAAGAUGGCGUCCGGCGAGUCCUUGUCCUUCUCGGUGGAGGCCAUCUUGAAGAGGCCAGCGCCCGCUAUGAGUCGAGCGUUCCAUUGA